CUCCUACUCCUGCUCCUACGCGAUACCCAGCUCGUCUCGACGCGCAUCUCGUUGCCGACCUCCAACGAGAAGCUCAAACAACAUCUCAACAAUCACCAACCUACCCCCCACCCACCACCCACCCCCCACCGCAAUCAUGGGCAAGAGUCUUAUGGACAAGAUCCAGGCCAAGCUGGAGCUCUUCCGCCUUGAGCAGCGCUACACCCGCCGCCGUCAUCGUCGCUCCACCUUUGUCUCCAACGCCGUCUACGUGGAUGGCGAAUACGUCUACCAGACUCCCACCAGCACCGGCUCCUCCACGGGCUCCUCCACCGUCGACGCCCUCCACGGCGAGAAGGCUGUCGUCACCAGCACCGCCAUCAUCCCCGGCCCUCUACCGGACCACAUCGCCGAGAUGGCCUCUCCCACCGAGAAGCAGCCCACCGACCGCGAGCGCAAGCGGUUGAACCGCUUCAGCUCCAUCCCCCACUUCGGCGGCAACUACGGCAACAGCAGCAAGGAGCUGCCCACAGUCAAGGAGCGCCGCGCAAGCAUGAUCCGAUGAGCGACCAGCACAGAGACGAACAAGAAAUCUAAAUAAAAAAGAAAAGAAAAGAAAAAAUACAGCAGUCCCGUCACACGGCGCACGGCAUCUGUACGAUUCACGGACUCGGCGCGACGGCCCAGGCGUGGAGUAGGCGCAGGCGUAAGCAUGCACGCGGCAUAUGAGCUGGAUGGAUGGAUUGAUUGAUUGAUGGACGGAUACCAUUCGCGCUCACUGAUGACGAAGUCUCCCCUCGACUGCACAAGGCCGUCGGGCGGCGUCUUUUGACGAAUUCUCACCUUCUUGGCUACGCUUUUCCCCGUCCCCGUCUCUCUCCCCGAUUU